AUAAAUAAUUAUAAUAAUAAAAUAAAGAAAGGAACAUAUAAAGGUUGCCCUUAUUAUUUGUCAAAAGAAACAUGUGAAGAAAAUAUCAUAAAAUUAAAUAAAAAAAUGAAUGAUGUUUUAAGUAAUAUAGUAAAAAUAUAUAAAGAAUCCAAUAAAAAAAUUUAUAUAUCCAAAUUAUUUGAAUUGAAAUAUAUUAACUGUAUUUUUAUAUUUAUGUUUCUAUCCUUAUUAAUUAUAUUUACAAGUAUGAAUGAAUUUAGUGGUAUGAUAUUAUCUAUAUUAUUAUUAAGUAUUUCUAUACAAUUAAAAUACACAAGAUCAUAUAUGUCCUUAUUAAAUUCGCUAAUAUCAUUAAUAUUAAUAUCUAUAAUAUCUAUUAUCAUAUCUUCAAAUAUAAAAAUAGAACAAGAUAAAUAUCAUAUAAUGAAUAGGUAUCCUAAAAUAUUGAACAACAAAAUAAAUAAUAAUAUUGAAAAUAUAUAUAAAGAUAAAAUUGUUGACAAUUUAAAUGAUCAAAUAAAAAAAGAUUUAUUAAUUGUUCAAUCUAUAAUUUCUUUUAUUUAUUCUUUUCUUUUAUUUAUAUUUAUGUGUGUUAUACGAACUAUUAAAUCAUAUAAAAUACAACACAUAUGGAUAUAUAAUAAUAUUAUUCAUAUGUUUAAUUUCUUUGAUUUAUUUAUGAUUUUCUCUUUUUCAAUAUUAGCUUUUGUCUUUAUAUUUAUUUGUUUGAAUUCUAUUCCUUUUAUUAUUACAUCUACAAUACUUUUUAUAAGCAGUAUUUUUACAUACUUUUUAAAUAAAUAUAGCAAUGUGAUCAUUGUUAUAUUUCAGACUAUCAUAUUGUUAUCAAAUUGUAUUAUGUCUUAUAUCUAUUUUUAUAAUAUAAAUCAGAAAGGAAUAUAUUAUAUGCAGAGUGAUCAUAUUAUUACAAAAGAAGAAGCUGUUAAUACAAAUAAUCAGAUGCAAUCUCAUUAUUUAUAUACAUUUGAAGAUAAAAUAAUAUUAUUCUAUAUGAUUUUUAUAUCACUAUUUUUAAUAUUUCAUCUAAUGUAUAUUUUAUUUAUUUUCUUAUCUAAAGAAAAUAAAUUUACAAAAUUAUUUACAGAAAGAAAAGUAUACUAUUAUAAUAUAUAUCCAUAUUAUCAAAAAAAAAAAAAUAUAAAAAAUACUCAACAACAUGAAAAAAAUAAUAAUACAAAUAAUUUAUAUCAAAAUGAUAAUGUAUAUUUUAAAUAUGAUAAAUAUAUUCUAUGCGUAGAUGAUGAUAAAAGAAUUACUAAUGCUUAUAGAAAAUAUAGUAAACAAAUAGACAUAGAUAUAAAAAAAUAUACAUAUAAUGAAUUACAUAUCUUUAAACAUAUUCUAUUAUCAGCUGUUCUACAAUGUAAGCAAACACAAAAGGUAUAUAGUAAAAACGAACUCUUAUUAAAAAGAGAAAAAAGACAAAAAAAAAAAACAAGACAAACACUAAUGAAAACACAACCACACGAACAAUCAAAUGAACAAUUAAAAGAAAAAUCACAUCAACAAGAAUAUCAUUAUAAACAAAAUAAUGAUAUAAAAAAUAAAUUUCAAAAAGGAGUUUAUUUAAAAAAUACAUCAUCACUAAAUAAUAAUAAUAUUGUUAGAUCAAAUUAUAUAAAUAAAGCAAGUGUCUUAAAAUCACAAUCCUUUCAUCAUAAACAUACAGAUGGAAACCAUAUUAAUUAUGAUAAAUAUAAAAAUAUAAAUGCAAAUGUAUUUAAUAAUAAUAAUAAUAAUUUAUUUUUUAAGAAAAAAAGUUCUGACGAUUUUGUUUUAUAUAUAAAUGAUGAAUUCACAGAAGAAUCCUCUUCCUCUUUUAUUUAUAGCUCUACUGUUAAAACAUCAGAAGAAAAUGUAUCAGAAUCUAUCUCAUAUAUAUCAUAUAAUAUACACAACGAUAGCUUUGAACCACAUAAAAAUUAUAUGACAACAACACAACACAUACAAAAUAAUCAUAUUAUUAGAAAUAAAGAAAGUUAUUUAAAUAAAAGCAUCAACUUUUUAUCAACCAAUAUUUCUAAAUUACAAAGUGAAAGAAAAAAAUCAUAUCAAAAAAAAAAAAAAAAUCAAAUGAAUUUAUUACAAAAUAAAAAUUUUUAUUUAGUCAGUUGUGACAAAUCUAAUUAUCAUACACCCUCCUUAUAUACUACAAAAUAUUCAUAUAUUAUAAAACAAUUAUUAGAACAUUAUGAUGAAAUGUCAUUUUAUUUAAAUAAAAAAAAUUAUUUUUUAAAUCUAUUAGAAAAAAAUAAAUUAAAUGUUAAUCUGACAGUUGGAAAGAAAGAAGAACAAAAAGAUAAAUUAUUUUUAUCACCUCAAAAUAUUGAAUCAAAUAAUAAUAAUAAUAAUAAUAAUAAUAAUAAUAAUAAUGAUAAUGAUAAUAAUAAUAAUAAUAACAUGAACAAAUAUAAUUCAAUCAAAGUUUAUAAUAUUAAUAUAGAUUCAAAAAAAAAAAACCAACCAAUAUUAUCAUCCCCUUUAAAAUUAGACAAUGAUUUUAUAUUCAAUGAUAUUACUCUUUCUUAUAUAAAAAAUAAAAUUCAUUCUAAUGCUCAUAUUCUCAAUGAUCCAUCUUUUAUAACAUCCUUUGAACAUAAUAAUAUAAAUCUAUAUAAACCAUAUGAUAAUUUUUUAAGUAAUCAUUCUAUUGACAAAAACAAAAAUGAUCAUAAUUUUUUGAAACAUAAUGAAGAUAAUUAUUCUAUCUGGAAGAUAAAAUCGAAUAAAUGUAAUUCUGUGGUUGGUAAUUAUUCUAGCGAAUUUGUAAAGAUUCCAUUAUAUGCAUCAUCCAUAUAUACAUCUUCCAUAUAUACAUCUUCUUCAUAUGCAUCUCCUAUUUUAUCAUCAUCAUGUUUGUUAUCUCCUUCCAUUUUAUCACCUCACAUGUCUUUUAAUGAAAAUUUAAAGAAAGAAGAAAAUAAUUUCUGGUAUUGCUACCCUGGAAUCAUUUCUAGAAUAUAUAAGGAAUGGAUACAAUGUAAAAAUUUAGAUGUAAAGAAAUUUAAUAAUGAUUUCUAUUAUUUACUAUCAACCGAUUCGAAUAAAUUGAAGGAUUUCUUAAAAAGUAACUACUCACAAGAAGAAGAAAAAAAAAAAAACAAAACAGAUAAUGCACUCAAUAGUAAUUAUAAUAAUAAAAGUAAUCAUUGUGAUGAUAAUAAUUAUAUUAAUUUUGAAUAUCAAGAUGAAAAAGAAAAAAAUAAAUUAUUUGAUAUUAGUCAAGUUGUUGAUAAUUAUCCAUAUAUACUUAAUAAAAUGAAAAAUAAUUUAUUUUCAUCUACAUUUACAUAUUCUUCUUUUAUAACAGAUGAUCCUAAUAUUAAUAGUAAUCAUAUUAAUUCUUUUAAUAGUAUUAUUAAUAAUUUCUUAAUAGAUGCUAAUAUUUUUGAUUGUUUAUAUUAUUAUGUUAAGAAUAAUAAAUCCAUAUCCUAUACUCUAUUUGAAGAUAGUAU